CUGUGCAAAUACUUUACAUGUGUUUCUUUUAAAGGAAUAUGGACACCAUUUAUGCUGCAUUAGUAAUAGCUUGCAUUUGUCUUCACGCCAAUCCAGUUGUUUCUUACUGCUUGUCUGGUUGCAGUUGUACAAAUGACAGUUACGGGAGAUCACUGCUUUGUAUGACGUCCGCCUUAAGAAGAAUUCCAGAAAACAUCCCGCAGGAUUUCAGAAAAGUCCGAAUUGAAAACUCCUUCCUUACGGAAUUACCUCGUGGCUCGUUUGCUAGAAUUGGUGCUCUGGAGUAUCUUUGGCUAAACUUUAACAAUAUAACGGUUAUGAAUAUGAAGAGUCUGGAGGGUUUGAAGAAUUUGACGGAGCUGAGACUGCAGGGGAACAAACUGCGCUCAGUACCUUGGACAGCGUUUCAGGAUACACCUGUUUUAAAAAUUCUGGAUCUGAAACAUAACCGUCUAGACGUUCUUCCAGAACACGCGUUAAGACAUUUGCCAGGCCUGACCUACUUAGAUUUAUCCUUCAAUCAGCUUACUGUCAUAUCCAGAGAUGUCUUUCUGAACUGGCCUCUUUACCACUCGGCAGAGCAAAACGGAAGAAGAGAGGAGAGCGCGUCUAAUGUCGUGUUGGCUCUCCAUGACAACCCCUGGCUGUGUGACUGUCGCCUGAGAGGCUUUGUCCAGUUUAUCAGAUCUCUCAGCCCGCCUGUCAUAUUGAUGAAUUCCUACUUGACUUGCAGAGGCCCACAGUUCAUGGCAGGCAAGUUUUUCCACGAAGUUGAAAUAAAGAAUUGCAUGAAGCCAGUGGCCACUGCACCUAUUACAAACAUUUCACUGCCUCUGGGGGUAAACAUUACUCUUAUAUGCUUGGCUAAGGCACGGCCAGAUCCAGCUGUCUGGUGGACAUAUGGCUUGAAGAUUAUAAGAGGAUUUAAUGAGACGCAGACUCACGUAGAUGAAGACACCAUCAAGUCAGAGCUGGUGAUCCCGUCAUUGCAGCUACCAGACAGGGGGACGUACACCUGCACUGCCAACAACUUUAUUGGCAACUCCUCAGUCAGCAUAAUGGUAAAUGCCACAGGCCCAGAAUCGUCCUCCCCCUUUUCAUCUGUGUUUCCCUUGCCCUCGGCAGAAGAGAAUAUUUAUAUCGACAUCCGCAUUGCAAAACAGACAGUCUAUGGAAUCACUCUGGAGUGGUAUGCCAUAACACAGAACCCCUCUGAAACCUGGUACACCAUACACUUCGGGAAAUACGACGACGCCAAGAAAGAAAUGAUCUACAUCGGACCUGGCAUCAACAGCUACUCAGUUACUGACCUGCUGCCGGCAACAAAGUACGAGGUGUGUAUCGCACUGAAAAAUCAGUCUCCCCGAAGAGGCCAGUGCGUCGUGUUCGUGACGGGCAGCGACAUCACCGAACUCGAGCAAAGAGAAAAGCUCAUUCACAUCGUGGUUAUUGUGUGUGCCAUGGUGCUGGCAGUGCCAGCAGGAAUGUACGCCUGCACCACCGAAACCAGGUUCAGCUGCUUCGACCGGUGCUCCGAGUUAUGUAAAAGACGAAGACACGCGGAAAAGAGCGGGAAAUCAGGAGAAAGGCAGGGCACCUUUGACAGCUUACAGGCGGGCAGUGAUGAAGGGCUCUGCAGAGACUCCAGUGAGGACAAAAGGAGAAGAAGAAGGUCAGACGACAGAAUACAGAAGGCCAGAGCUGACCAAAGAACCGCUGCUGGGCUCUAUUAGUCCUUUCAAAGAAAAGAAUACAGGAGUAUUUUGUAAAGUGUACAAAAAGGCAUAUAGCACAAAAUAUUUUUACAGUUAGAUUAUGUCAGCUUUGUCGUUAAAUGUUUUAGAAAGGGAAGGUGUCCUGAAUUAUAUGAGUACUACAGUAUGAAUUAGCCAAUUGGAUCUGAAAGUCAAGCCUUAGUAAAUGAGUCGAGAAUUUCUUGUUGUCUGGAGUACAAAUUUGCCUUUCUUCUUCAUGUUCUAUGUAAAACAUUGUUAUGAAUUGACAUGCAAGUGUGUUGUUAAUAGAAACAAAUGUGCAUAUACUCCUUGAAUGUACUCAUCUCUUUGUGUAAAGACAUAGCUAACAAUACAUUUCAUACUUCUUUAGGGAAUGUAUGUGUCUUGUUAUUUAUGUACUCUUCUCUAAUACAGUAGAACUUUGUAGUUCUCUGAUCCUCUUAUUUGUGGUGAACAUUUUGAGACCAUUGUUUUACCAAUUAAAACCUGCAGUUAUUUUGACUGUUCAAGGCUGAUGAUGACUACUGA